AUGCCUCCAAACCCAACGGCCGCCCCGUUCAACCGAAAGGACGGUAACCGCGUCCCGAUACACUUGUUCACGGCCGACGAGAACAAGAGGAGCCUCCUUGCUGUGGCCACCAACGACGGCCUACAACUCCAAAAUUGGAACGUCACCGAUGUGGACUGGAAGCAGUUGCGCAAGCGUGUUGGUGUUCGCCUCCGCAAAAUGCUGGCAGACGAUGCUCACAUUGUCAACUGUGGCGCAGUGUCGGCUGCCCAGUUUGAGGCGUAUAUCCGUCGGGUCGAGCGAACGGACGACGACGAACCCGAAUACGCAGACUCGCAGGUCCUCGUCGCGCUCGCCAUUGAGCUGGGAAAGACGAUCGUCAUUUUGCAGCCGUGUGGCGGCUACAACCACAUCGACCCGACGCAAUGGGUCCCAGGGGCUGCCGACAAGGCCGUGGUCAUCGCUGCGAUCUCCGAGUACGAUGGUCCUCGUGCAUCUGUCGGUCAUUACCUGGCCGUCAACAUUGCCCCGCACGUCAACGUCGGUGUGGGCGACCUCCACAUGCUUCGCAAGGAGAUGUGGGAGCGAGAGAUUGGCCUGCCUCGUUACCAGGCAAUCCUGGAUGACCCUGCCGACCGCCGCGACAAGACGUGGAUUGGCGGCGAGAUCGACCGCAUGAGGCAAGAGCUCAACAACCUGCGCCAGCAGAUUGUGGCUGCCAUCCAGAUCGUCCUCGUCCCCAAGACCCUCAAGGCGAUCCCUGGGCUCCUUUCGCGCGACAACGACGCGCACACGCUGCAGCGAAACGUGGCGCGCCUCUACAUCGCAGCGGCCGACCAGGACGUUCACCGGGUGUAUGCCGCCGAUGGUUUCGAGGCGGUCUCGCACUCGCUGCAGAGCCAGCUGGGUAUCGUCGCAGCCCCUGGUGACCUGCGCCAGAAGGCUGUGGCGUACUUGGAAGCGUGGCAGCGCAGUGGCGCCGACAUUGCCGGCAAGAUGACAACGACCAGCUGGGGCGAGUACCUGCACGGCCUGCGCAACAAGACGCAGAUGGACGCCAAGGCACUUGGAGCAGUUGCCGUGUUCCUCAACGUGAGAGCGAGACGAAUGCCAAAGAAGACCGGUGCUGACGACUGGCAGAUCGAUGUUCAUGUCUUCCGUGCUUCGGGUACCUUCGACAAGGUGUCCCCGCUCGCCAUUGUGAAUGAUGACGUCGAUGUCUACCGAGACAUGUUCUCGGACGAUGCUGAGCCCCGUCGUCCUCAAAAGCGCAAGCGCCAGGACGACGGCCCAAAACUCCUCGACUUUGAGGGUCUGCGUCAGGAGGUGCAGGAGCUUGCUGCCGAGGUGUACAAGCUUCGCGCUGCCGAGGACGAGGAACUGAAUUCGUCCGCGGCAAGAUCUCCGCCACCGACAACGGCCGCUUUCGACGCCGCCACCGCUCAACGUGGUCGCCACUUCAAGGACGGCACGUACGACUGUGCAGCUCGAGGCUCAGCUUUUGUGGCAAUCGAGGCGUACCUUCGGAAGGCCAGUGACGGUCCCACGACCUCGCAGAAGAACCUGCUCCUGGAAACUUUGCAGUCGGAGCUUGUUCAGCUGCGACGGAGUCACGAAGAUGCCGUGUACCUGCCCAUGAACGUCCCGCAACUCACUGGUGCCACGGGGAUGACGUUGGUAAGCACGGUUGCUGCGGCCACAGGUACACAGCUCCCGCUGUUCGGCGCGCCUAUUGUGCCCCAACAACCUCCGCGAGCACGUCAAGGCCAUCGUGGAGCGACUUACCAAUGUCACACCCAUGACCACGAGGCUUGCGAACCACGUUGCCGAUCACCGACAGAGCGCGCGCGCUGA